AUGAUCCCCGCCACCACCGCUGCCGUUCAGAGCAUGUCGUCCUACCGGGAACUCCUUGGUGCACCGCGCAAUGUGCCGCAGCCCAUCUAUGCUGACGACGAGGACCUGGAUGCUCCAUUCGUCACCGUCGACCCCUUCCGCACGGCGGCCCAUCUACGCCGCCAACGUUGGACCUGUUCGCAUAUAACCGAUGUCGACUUGGAAGGUGGACCUACGAAACCAAGCCGACCACUAGCUCAUGCGCCUCUGGAAGCAUGUCCACCACUCCCCGCAGCGAUACAUGCUUCACAUACUGUUCCCAUAGGUCAUGGAUCGCCAGCUUCCCAUUCUUCUCAUCACUCUCCGUCACCCAUUCGCCCGCUGUCAAGUCUCAGGCAGUCGCCGUCAAUCAUACCACCGUCAGCGCCAGCCCCGUCUACGCAUCAGACAUGUACUGGGUCGCCAUCUGUUCGUGCGCCCUCUCGCUCGAAUAGCCCCUCGAACGUGGAUGGUGUAUCCGACGAGUCUAGGCGGGAUUCCUUCAUAUCUCCCGAGUCACCUCGAAAGGUAGGCAGACACACUAGUUCUGCUUCGAACCCUGAAGGUGUACAUGUGGACCACCGCCCGCCUACGCCGCAGCUCUCGGCCGCUCUCUGCGAACGUCUCCCAGAACCGCAUGCGAAGGCCAGCCUCAGACGAGCCAGCGUGUAUGGUGGAAGGGCUGCGCGCGCGUCUGGCGCGUUCGCUGCCUCCCUAUGGCGCCUCAUACCCACGACGCUCUACCUCUGCGCGCUCUUCCGCCUUCCGGCGCUGUACUUCUCGCGCGUUGCGCGCGUCUUUGAGAACGCGGAGCUUUGCAGGCGGGACGUUAUCAAGAUGGCCGUCGCGCGGGCCACGCAGUGGGAGAAGGCGCUCGGAAGCAGCCAUGCCUACGGCGGGAGUCAAGAUCGCGCUUAUGAUAGAAUUCAGAAUUAUGCUCAUGGCUAUCAGUUCCACGAGCCGCAAGGGGACGAGCUGUCCUUUCCGUUGCUUCAGUUCAAGAAAACGUGGGAGCAGUUCGUGGACAAUUUGCUGCAUGAGUGGAAGGUCCUGAAUGUCAUCUCGGCCUUGCUGACCUCAGCGGUCUUGACCAUACUGCAGAUUGACGCCGCCGCGGCAGACCCUGUCGUGCGGACGGCAACGCUGCUGGCUCUAGCGAUGUACAAGGCCUCCGAGUGGGCUCUCGAGGCUCAAAAGACAACAACGAACAGAUUUUGGAACGUGUGGGUCAUGUUGGCGAUGCCCGCUGUUUGGUUAUUAUGGUCAAUCAUCGCGUUCAUCAUGUCGAUCAUGGCCUUCGUAUGGCGUACCGGGGCGGGCGAUGAGCUCGAGCACGCGAACCCCUUUACGACGCCCGGACAAGCGCUUGCGUCCCGCGUCAUCAUAUCGACCUCUCUGUCGCUGGGAGCGGUGUACUUCGUGCUCGUUGUGCGUACGUUUACGCUCUACGGCGACCGGAUCGACCGUCGGUGGCGCGAGAACGUGCACGAGCAGAUCCGCCAUGAGCGUCAAUUGGAAGCUUGCGCGGCCGGCUUCAGAGGCCGUGCCCCCGCGGCGGGCCGUUGUAGUCCGCCUAUGGGAGAAAUGUACGAAAGGAAGGAAGCCGAGUCGCCGAUGGGGAUGAGAUCGCCUGUGUUACAGAUGUGCUAAUCGUUUGAGUCUGUAGUUAAAGACUUGGUUAUCUACUAUACUCUAAUCAGCCACGAUAGUCAUAGAACUGUACACUCGAGCUCGAAUGCACCUCGGACGGGCGCUCAUGACGAUGAUGCAGGGUAAGGUCGGCUUUCCGAAGAGCGUCCCGACGCCAGAUAGAGGAGUCGGUGACACUGCUGAUCGAUGAGGGAGAGAGGUGAGUUGACUCGAGGUGAGGUUCAAG